CAUGCUAAUUUGUUAACAUGUGGGCCGUUAAUGGGCCUAAUGUCGGCCCAUUAACAACAAAGCGGGUCUCCUCUCCUCUUCUCGGCUAUACUCCCCACCCCAUUCGUAUCCACCGAGGAAACGCUCGAUCAAACCCUAGAAACCCCCCCGGCGAACUCUACUCCGAUCCCAAUGCGCGCGUCUCUCUCGACCAUUCUCAUCAAAAGAGGCGUCGCGAGGAGAUCGGCGACGACCAUUUUGGCCCAAAAUGUUGUGCGUGGAAGGGGAUUUUGCAAUGAUUCAGCGGGAUCCGGGGCUAGUUCUCCACAUAAUGUGGAAAAAACCCUGGAUUGCGAAGAGUCAGAUAGGAUGAAAGGCAGGCCUGCUCAGUGUGACAUUGCUAUCGUGGGUGGAGGCAUGGUUGGUUUGGCUCUUGCGUGUGCAUUGUCAAGUAAGCAAUUGACUAAACAACUAAGUGUUGCCAUUAUUGAUAAUAACCCUGCGCUGAGAUCAAGAAAUUACUUGAAGAAAGAUAAUAUACCGGAUUCCAGGGUCAGUACAGUUACUCCUGGAACUAUUUCCUUUUUCAAAGAGAUUGGUGCAUGGGAGCACGUUCAACAACAACGACAUGCUUUCUUCGAUAAAAUGCAGGUAUGGGAUUACACUGGUUUGGGUUACACAAGAUAUAAUGCAAGAGAUGUAGGAAAAGAUUAUCUCGGAUGCGUGGUGGAAAAUAAGGUGCUUUGCAAUUCUCUUUUGUUAUCCUUACUGAAAGAAGACUACCAGCCGAUAAUAUACCCUGCUAGAUUGCACUCAAUGACUUUCCAAAGGAAAAGCUCCCCUGAUGGAAUAUCUAUAGAUCAAGAGGACACCAUCAAGCAAAAUUUGUCAGGAAAAGCUUCCUCUGGAAAUAAUACUAUGCAGCAGACACAGCCUAGUAAUUCAGUAAAGUUGGACCUGAGUGAUGGACAGGGUCUUUAUGCCAAGUUGGUGGUCGGAGCUGAUGGCGGUAAGUCUCGUGUCAGGGAGUUAUCAGGGAUAAAAACAACUGGGUGGAAUUAUUCCCAAAGUGCUGUAAUUUGCACAGUGGAGCACACUGCAGAAAACCAUUGUGCAUGGCAAAGGUUUCUCCCUUCAGGUCCUAUCGCACUUCUUCCUAUAGGUGACAAUUAUAGCAAUAUUGUGUGGACAAUGACCCCAGAGGGGGCUUCUCACCAUAAAUCAAUGAGUGAGGAGGAUUUCGUAAAAUCGGUUAACCAUGCAUUGGACUAUGGCUAUGGCCCUCAUCCCCAAUCUGGUUCUCUUGAUCAUUAUGUGGAAAACUUAUUUUCGGGUUCUCGAUUUGGGGCACAGUCUACGAAAGAGGGAUUUGAAGUACCGCCAAAAGUCAUUAAUGUGGUUUCAGAGCGAAUGGCUUUUCCUCUCUCUUUAAUGCAUGCUUAUGACUAUGCAUCGAAAAGGGUGGCGCUUAUUGGUGAUGCAGCACAUACUGUUCAUCCUUUAGCUGGUCAAGGAGUCAAUUUAGGUUUCGGUGAUGCAUCCGAUUUAGCGAAGAUUGUUGCUGAAGGGGUUUUGCUGGGUGCCGACAUUGGAGAGCUUUCCUUACUAAAAAAAUACGAGAAGGAAAGGAAGGCUGCUAAUAUAGCUAUGAUGGCAAUUCUUGAUGGCUUCCAGAAGGCUUACUCAGUUGAUAUCGGACCGGUCAAUCUUUUAAGAGCCGCCGCAUUCCACGGUGCUCAAUAUAUUGCGCCUCUCAAAAGGAACAUAAUUUCAUAUGCAAUGGGUGAGCAAAAAUGGCCACUUGCUUUAUAAACAUUGAAAGGUUAGCAAUUGCGCCUCUCAAAAGUACCUUCGUUCCCUUUAUAUAACUGCAAUUGUGCCUGUACAGUAGGAAGGCCCAUAAUACGAUCUUUUGUUCCUUAAGCAUUUCAUAGUAUAGUAUGACAGUUUAGAGGUACUUGUAUAUGUUCAAAUGUUUGAGAAUUAUGCAACAUUCUGGACUGAGCCGUUUCAAACAGUAUUUCACUUACGCUGUCCA